AUGUCGAUACCGUCAUUUGAGUCCCUCUGCUUAAAAGACGAUGACAACUGUCCAUCCCCAACUGAUCUCGACAGCUUUGGCGAUGAGUUUGACAAAGACUUGGAAUCAGAUGGAAAUAAGAUCAACAAGGAGAUGGACACUGCUGAGGUGUACAUGCAGGCCUGCAAGCUGGUAGGUGUGGUGCCGGUCUCUUACUUUAUUCGAAACCUUGACUCUCCAGCUGUGACACUCUCCCACCAUGGGCUCGGACCUUUGGGAUGCAAGGCACUUGCUAUUGCUUUAGUGGAUAUAUCCCACAACCAUCUGAAAUCUGCUGGGGCUGAGUAUGUGGCUAAAAUGUUGCUGGACAGCAUUUCGUUAAAAUCUGUGAAGCUUUCAGCGAUAAUUAUUGUGAUCUUUUUUUUUCAUGAUUGUUUUGAAUGCAUUUUCUUCCCUGCAGGGAAUGGAUUUACUGAUGAUGAUGCUAAAUAUUUUGCAGAUGCUCUGUCAACCAAUUCCAGGAUAAAGGUACUGGAUCUGAGCCAUAAUGAGUUUUGUGGAAAAGGAGGGGAGCAUUUGGGACAGCUGCUGGCAAACAAUGAGGGCCUGGAGGUGCUGGACCUCAGCUGGAAUCAUCUAAGAAUGAAAGGGGCUGUGGCUUUUUGCGCUGGGUUAAAAGUGAAUAUGAUGUUAAAGCACCUUGACUUAUCGUGGAACGGUUUUGGGAACGAAGGUGCUCUGGCAAUGGGAGAAGCCCUCAAAUUCAACACCACCCUGGUGCAUCUCAACCUCAACAAUAACCGCCUGACCAAUGAAGGCGCCAGCAUGCUGUGCAGGGGUCUUGAAUUCAAUGACACACUCAGAGUCCUGACGUUGGCUUAUAACUCUUUGACAGUAGAGGGCGCACUGGCUCUAGUCAACGUGGUGAAGAACUCACCUAAAACUGCCUUGGAGGAGAUCAACAUAUGUAAUGUGCUGGUAAAUGAGCACUUUGUGCAUCUAUUGGAGGUGACGUGUCAGGAGCAUCCUGGUCUGGAUGUACAGUAUGGAGGCGUAGGAGGCUUCAUGGCUAAGAAGCCACCAAAACGUGUUGAUCCAAUGAAAGUCAUUCAGGAUUAUCUGGACCAACGGAAACUGCGGCUGUGGGAUUUCUUUCGAAACAUCGAUAAAGAUGGCAUCAUGAGAGUGUCUGUUACUGACUUCAGGAAAGCAGUUCAGCAAUCAAGCAUUCCCUUGGACCGAUACCAGAUUGAGGAGCUGAUUCAGAGACUUGAUCGGGACAGGACAGGAAUGGUGGACUACAGGGGACUGGCAGAUACAAGGAAACAAAUGAUGAGGGAUCACCGCCGCCAGCUUAGGAAAUUUGAGUCCCGUCAGAAGAAAGAGAAGCAGAAGAGUGACCGCAUUCUCAAAACCUUCCAAAGUGCUGUGGAGGCGGUGACACCUCACAGCUCCAUAGUCAUGUCUCCAGGAGGUGCCAAAGAAGACUCGAGUGGCCCUCAACACUUUUCCGCCACCCCUCUCAGCUCUUGGCACCACAUUGUCAUGUCCAACAGCAGCCGCUACUCUGUCACUAACAUGAGCAACAUCCACCUGCCCAUGUUAAGAGGCGCCACGCCUUACCGUCCCACCAGCUCCUCCGGGAUGCGUUCGUACUCCCAGCCAAACCUGUCGGCCGAUUCCCCUCGCUCUGCUCCAGACAAGUCCAUCUCUGCUCAGGGCGUUCGCUCAGAUCCAGAGAUGAGCCACAGCAAGCUAAGCCCCACUGCUAACAGCCUGACGAGAUCCAGGCCCGCUCUCAAUGUAAAGCAGUCAGAGGGUAAAAGUAAAGUCAAAGCCAAGAAAAUGAAGAAAAAGAAACCGAAGAAGAAUGCAGACAAAGCUUCAAAGAACCCUGCAGUAACGGUCAAGUGACAUGAACACUGUAUAAUGCUGUAUUACGUGAUAUAUUAUACAUGUGAUUUGUUUUUCCCUUGGUUAUUAUG